AAUUUCGUUAAUUAAAACUUUGGUGCCUUUGGGAAUAAAGUGUAAGAGUGUUUUGUAGCAGUGGGCAGGGCAGCUUCAGCCCCAUUAUGCAUCAGUGUGUAUCAGUAGUGUUAGUGCGGUGUAUCCGUUCUUGUCUAUUUUAACUCAGCUGUUGCGGCAGAAGGUAGCAGUUGUCGAGUUAAAACAAGAUAAACGAAUUAGAUUUACGUCUUCGGAACAAGCUAUGACAACACGCCGAUUACGCCGUGUUUCAAAAAACUGCGGCGUCGUCGAAAGAGAUGGAUGUUCCUCAGCCCUGUUUCGUGUUGAGUAAUCAGGUGUCCAGCUUUGCACAGUUUAACCCGGUUUAACCCGGUGUGAGGGUGGCUCUUCUUUAGACUGGGUCACACGAGUGGCUAAAGUGAGAUAACAGCUAGAUAUCAUACCUGGCUAUCUAAAUAACGACUAAAUAUCGACGGACUAGGCUGUCAUUGCCUACGGAGAAGGCCGUUCAAUAGAAAUGGGAAUCAUUUUUACAAAGUUAUGGAGGCUUUUUAACCACCAAGAACACAAAGUCAUCAUUGUUGGGCUGGACAACGCAGGGAAGACAACUAUACUGUAUCAGUUCUCUAUGAAUGAAGUUGUACACACGUCACCCACAAUAGGCAGCAAUGUGGAGGAAAUUGUGGUCAACAACACGCACUUCCUCAUGUGGGACAUUGGAGGCCAGGAGUCCCUGCGUUCCUCCUGGAACACAUACUACACUAACACAGAGUUUGUAAUAGUUGUGGUGGACAGCACGGAUAGGGAGAGGAUAUCUGUGACCAGAGAAGAGCUCUAUAGAAUGCUAGCUCAUGAAGACCUCAAAAAGGCUGGUUUGUUGGUCUUUGCCAACAAGCAAGAUGUAAAGGGCUGUAUGACAGUGGCUGAAAUCUCCCAGAGCUUACAGCUUACAUCCAUUAAGGACCACCAGUGGCACAUCCAGGCCUGCUGUGCUCUCACAGGGGAGGGGCUCUGUCAGGGACUGGAGUGGAUGAUGUCACGACUACGAGUGAGAUGACCUCUGACCCUAUCACAGAACGUUUGCUCACACACGUUUUCUCCUCCGUUUGUGCGGAGGCUGACUGUCACUCACUGUGAAGGUGACUAAGCAGUGUCACCAGGACUUGUGUGAUUUAAUUUAUUACGACUCACUGAGAUCUGUGAACAACCUUCAGCUAACUGUGUCAGGGUUGGCAAAACCACAUAAACUCAAACUCCGUGUUUUUCCUGCAUGGUUGCCCUGUAAAGAGUCAAAAGGAGAGAUGUGGAGGAGCCCUUGGACUAAGAGGAUGUGCAGCUGAGUGGCACUCCGUCUGUGCUGGGCCCUGCGUCACCUGGCUGUCUGAUGUAGUAUUGCCCUAUGUACAGUCCAGUAUUUACAUUAACCUUGUGCCUGCAUAUCAACCUCUCUGUUUCCAGGGCGUGAAAGUCAUCAUGCGAGGAGAGACUCUGCACUUAUGUAAAAAUGUUAAAUAAAGCGUUUUUAUCCAUCA